AUGACUGCAUGGUCGGGCCACCGCCGCCGACUUGCCGUUGCCAACCCGCGCCAAGCCAUCGCCAUCACCUCCUCCUCUGACCGAGAGGUCGCCGCCAACUUCCACGCCGAGACGCCGCCGCCACCACCUCCUCGCGUCGAGCCAUCGUCAUCGCCUCCCCCUCUCACAGAGACGCGCCGCCACCUACCUGUGCCGAGGCGCUGCCACCACCUCCUCACGACGAGACGCCGCCACCACCUCUCCGCGCUGAGCCACCACCAUCACCUCUCCCCAACUAGACGCACGGUCGUCGCCGCCGCCGCCACCUUCCGCCCGCCCGGCCGAGCAGCCGGCGACAUUGCCUCCUCUCCAAACCGAGCAGCCGUCGCCGUCGCCUCCUCGACAUGCCGAGCAGCCACGCCUCCUCCCUGCGCCAAGCCGCCACCACCACCUACUUGCGUCAAGCCGCCACCAUUGUCCUCCUACCUGCCAAGGCUUCCUCGCGAUGCCUAA